AUGACGACUCGCAAACACAACGAUUUUCUAGACAUCGCGGCCAGUGAUGAUGAGGCCAGCGGCAGCGACCGCGGAUACGACUCCGAAGCCAAUGUGGUGGAGAGCAAAGGACGGGCCGUGAAGCGACGACGGACAACCAAGCAAGAUUUCUCGGCGGAGUCUGACGAAGACGAGGAUGACGACGACAAAGAUCUCGAAAACGAAGACGAACACGAAGAUAACGAGGACGAAGGUGGCGCAAGCCUAGACGACUCAGCGCAACCCAGCACCAAAUCAGCCAAGUCCCUCAAAGCAAAGGGCAAGCUUGCUAAGCUGUCUAAACUGGCCAGCGGCAAAGCACCCAAGAAAACCCGAUCAGGUGUCAUAUACUUUUCUUCUCUCCCGCCAUACCUCAAACCCUUCGCCUUGAAAGCAAUGCUAGAAAAGAGAGGGUUCGAAGAUAUCACGAAGAUCUUCCUAGCGCCUCUUCUCCCGUCUGCGGCCGGCAAUCGAAACCGCUCGAAUAAGAGAAAGCUCUACACGGAAGGAUGGAUCGAGUUUCGCUCCAAAAAGACAGCCAAGAUCUGCGCCGAGACAUUGAAUGCGACUAUCGUGGGUGGUUUGAAGUCAAGCUGGUAUCACGAUGAUGUUUGGAAUAUUAAGUACCUCUCACGAUUCACCUGGGAUGAUCUUAUGCAAUCUGUACAACGAGAGCGAUCUGAGCGGGAAAGCAAGAGGAAGAUUGCCGAUGCUCGCGAAGCCAAGGAAGCUAAAUUGUUCAUUGAGGGUGUUGAGAGUGGUCGCAUUGCUGAUGGCAUGGCGAAGAAGAAUGAGGAGAAGAUGAAGAGGCGGUUGGAGGCUGCUGGUGAUGGAGAUAAGGAACUGCCGCAGCCCAAGAAGGCUGCGCCGUCUACGAGAAGGAAGUUCCAUUUCCAGCAGAAUGAGGUUGUUAAGGGAUCGAAGGAUGGUGCUAUGGCUGAUGAUGCGAAGCGGGUACUUGGAAAGAUCUUCUAA